AUUGUGAAACCCGCAGCCGGAAGUCAUGUAUGUCAGUGAGUUUGACACCGGUUUCCCGGCCGGAGUAACGGUAGCCGUCCUCCGAUCCCGCAAUUGUCUCGGUUUGUUGACGUUUGCAGGAGUGCAGCGGUAGUUGGUAACGGGGGUCUGUCCCUUGUUUCAGGCGAGCCGCGUGAGAGUGAGUGAAGCUAGCCCGCUAGCUAUCUUAAAUGGGUUUUCGUGUCAAAAGAUGAUCGCCUCACUUUCGAGAGGAAGUUUGCUGGAUGAGGUUCUUCAUGGGGGCUUUAAUGAGCAGCAGCUGGCGGCGUAUGUUUCCUGGGUGAACUCGCAGCUGAAGAGGAAACCGGGCCUGAAGCUCAUUAAAGACCUCAGGCAUGAUCUGCAGGAUGGGGUGGUGCUCACACAACUAAUAGAGAUAGUUGCUGGGGAAGUGCUGGAGGGAGUGUAUGUUGCCCCGCAAAACAAAGAGGAGAGCAGGAAGAAUGUGGAGCAAGUCCUGCAGUUCAUUUCCUCCAGACACAUUCGCAUGCCACAUAUAUCCGCAAGAGACAUUGUUGAUGGUAAUCUGAAAUCUGUAAUGAGGAUAAUUCUGGCUCUGGCAGCCCACUUCAAACCCUCAGCCAGUCAGAGGGCUGCCUCUGGAAGUGGGAGGAGUUUGACGAGAGGCUCUGCCAGCCACAACCCUCUCUCCACGGUUGCACUAGCACAAGGCGCUGCUGCCGCACUGACAUCAGCAAGAAUUGAUGCCUCGCAGCCUACACGUGCCACACGUAUCCACAGUGGCUGGGGGUUGGAUGUGGAAAAGAGUGUGUGUGUUCGAGCACUCGUUGAGCAGUAUGAAAGAGGAUCUCCAGAUGAAGAGGACAAUCCUCAGGCCAGCAGCCUCAGCUCCGUCAGUCCACUGUCAUCUCCGAGAGCUCCUCCGAGUAGCCACACAGACCGACAGCUGGAUGACAGCCAGCAGCAGCAGCAGCAGCAGCAGCAGCAGCAGCAGCAGCAGCAGAUCAGUGCCGAGUCAACUCAGGAUGCAGUGGAAACAGCGUGGGAGGAUUCUCUCAGUGAGACUCUGGAGAAGGAGGUGCAGGACACGCGAAAGAUGGUUUCUGCUUUACAGGCCCUGCUGCUGCAUGGUUCGCUGCCUGAGGAUGAGCAGGACGUGACUCUGAGGUUGGACCAAGGCAACGCUGAGCAGCAACUGGUAGUCAUUCGCAGUCGUUUGGACCAGAGUAUGGAGGAGGCUCAGGAGUUAAAGAGGGAACUGUUGCGCUGUAGGCAGGAGAUGAGAAACCUGCAGGGAGUCAAGGACGCCCAGCAGCAGAGGCUGUGCACUCAGGAGGCAUCGAUACUGCAGAUGAAGCAAGAGCUUCUCAGAGCCAGCAUGACCAAGGAUGAACUCAACAAUCAGAAUGCAGAGUUGCAGUGGAAGCUGGAGGAAUGUAACAGGCUGUGGGUUGAAUGCAAGAAGGAGGUGGGACAGAAGGACAGACUGCUGCAGCAGCUCAAACACAAGCUUGAGGAAAGCCAAAAAAAGCAGAAUGACUUGCAAAGAGAGUUGGAGCAUAAAAACAGCAUGCAGAUUCCAGCCGGCACAGAAAACAAUGGGUAUUCUCACUCUGGAAGUCCAGCUCCCUCAAUGUCAGGCCAGGCAGAGGAGAUGCAGCUGCUAAGAGAUUCACUUAGGAGUCUGAGGAACAACUUCAGAGACCACGACCCACAGCACCACACACUGGACACCCUGGAGCAGGGCAUAGUGUCUCUCAUCGACAGACUGCAUGUUGUGCAUACACACAGGGGACGGGGGAAAUCUCCAAGACGCAAAGGUCAACACACAGACUCUGACACAUGGCCUUGCACGAAUGUUUAUCAGUCCCACAGUGGUUCUCCCGCCUCCACUAAAAUCCUCUAUUUUACUGGAAAAUCCCCAAUGCCUUCCAUGAUCAACAUACCGAAGAGGUUGGGUGAGGUGACUCUAAAGGACUUCAAGGCAGCUGUGGAUCGAGAGGGAAACUACAGGUACCACUUCAAGGCCCUGGACCCUGAGUUUGGCACUGUGAAAGAAGAGGUAUUCCUGGAUGGAGCAAUCAUUCCAGGCUGGGAAGGAAAAAUAGUGGCCUGGGUAGAAGAGGACCGUGGUGAAGAGAGGCCAUUUUAGUUUCAAACUGGGGAGCCACGAUACGGGGUAUUUUUUUCUCCUGGUCAGUGUGAUCCCAGACGCUCAUCGUGACAACUGUUGAGAAGAGAGGCACAUGUGGGCACUUUUUGAGAUUCGGACGACUAGUGGAAAUGCUGUAAGACUCAUCGGGAAGAGAUUUGAUGAUGGUGUAAAUCUGUAACUGAUGUCAAGAACAGUGUGAAGCUCAGUGCCUUACAAAAGGAAAGCUGUUUCCAUCAUAUGCUUUUGAAUGACAGGCUGUAACUGUAGUAAAUGAACUGGACUGAAAAGUACACAGACACAUUAUUUUAAAUUAAGUGUUUCAAAAACCACAGUAGUGUUGUUGUUUCACUGGUAGCUUCUUUUGGUUUGUAUGAGGAAGUGUUCUGCAUUACUUUUCCUUCCAAAUACUGCCAGAUGACAUGUUAGAAAUGUGUAAUAUCCACUGUUCUUUAGCCCUGGUACAUUUCAGUCGUAAUUGCGAAUGUGAAGUGAAAAUACAGUAUUAUUAGGACCAUUUCUGGGUCAGAAAUAAAACACCACUUUUAUAAUACAAAUAUUACAAGAGCAGAAAAGGACUUUGUACACACUUUCUUUCAGUGCUGCACAAUGUUUGUUGCAACCUGAAUAACUUGUCAAAUACACUGACCAGAGACCAGCUUGUAUUUAUGUUACUGUUUUGUACCAAUUACACAUAAUAGGUCAAAGUCAAAAGAGGGAGGGUGAUGUCCAAAUGGCAAAUUAUAUUGCAAAAAAAAUUAAAAAAUAACUGAAUGUAUUUCGGUUUCACUAAAUAGGACUUAAAUUCAGAUGUGGAUUUGAAUGUCUGUAGCACACCGGUGUACGUGUAAACUGAACUGCUGUCAGUGAGCAGAAGCGAUGCCGGAAAAACUUUGAUCUAGAAAUGUAGACGAACAGCACUGUUAUUUUGUUUACUUCAUGAAAUUGUUUUGUACAUUUGUGUAAAGUGUUUUCACCAUAUCCUUAGAGAGAGACAGAGAGAGAGAAAGAGAUUCCUGUGGGUGAUGACGCUGUUGAUGUAAACUUUUGUAGAUCAUCCCACUAUUUAUGGUGUGUAUGUGUGUGUGUGUGUGUGUGAGAGAGAGAGAGAGAGGGAGCUCAGGAUUGACCUUUGACUUGUAAUUGCCAGAAGAACUGUGGUUUCUGUAGCUGUUCUACAUAAUGCAGUGAAAUGCUCGGCUCUCGGUGUUAAGAAGAAUCACACUGGAACUGGCUCACACACACCUUUUCCUUCACUCUGCUUCUAUCUUCCCAUUUGGGACCAAUGUGUUUGCCUUCACUAACAAGCCAACAGAAAUAUGCAUCAGUCUACCUUUCUAACAACGACCCAUUUGAAUGCCAUAACUGCCUGUACUGUAAAAUGUACAAUAUGCUGGUGAAAUGGUUAAUAAAGCAUUUGUUUUGUUUACUGAAAGUUUUGCAACAUAUGGAUAUUGUCUCUUUAAAGAAAUUAAACUGGCCUUUGUUGAAGAUUAGAAAAGAUAUUUUGAAAUAAAUUGUUUUUGAAAUGA